CAAUUCUGCAAAAGUGGGGAGGAGUGGUAAAGAUACAUAAAUGGAAAUCUCAACAAAGUGAAUCGUAAAUCGGUUUCAGUAACAAUCUGACUUCUAAAAACUUGUAUAAAUCUCAAAGUAUUCAAAAAUCCAAGGUGAAUUUACACUGUCUAAUAGAUCAGACUUUAACAAUGAAAAAUCUCGAAGGCCACGCAUAACACACCCCACAACUGGGAUAAAUGGAUCAGAUAAGUCACUGUUAGAUCAACAGCAAACAAACAUGGAAAACAAAACAAAACUAAUAAAAACACAACAAAACAAAAACGAGAGAAGUCUGUGUGAAUCUCCCUUCCUGCAUCAUCAUGUUCAUGUCGCGUAGAGCCUUAUGACAGUGGGGUGAUCCUACACAAAGAUAGCUCCAACCAGCAGGAUACUAUACUAACGAGCCUCCACAUGCCCUCUUAUGACCCAUCUACCGGAGCUCAUCAGUGGCGCAUUAGGUUUUCAGCCCAGGUGUGACAGGAUUUUUCUGAAAACGACUGUCCAUUUCUUAUCCGUUUCUGUAAGUGUGGACCCUUAUUAUUUAACAAAUACAUAACCACAUGUCUCCAGGUGGUGUGCCUUCCCCGCUGGAUACGUCACUGAAGCUAAUAGUAUUUCUCAUUAGGCCUACCACAAAACUGACAAAAUAAUUGCAUUCAGCCUUAGUAAGCAGAGGACUCAGCCAAAUCAUCUCUGAUUUCAAAAAGAAUCUGGUUUAACAGCAACACCCAUCAAACAGCAUAUUAUGUAAGUCACUAACAGGAUAUGAAAUGACAAAUCAACGAAUUGAAGACACCUGCUCCCUGGAAAGAUGAAGUUUUCUUCAACUCUUGUCUUAUCCAUUAGCGGAAGACAAUUAGCUUUUCUACCUAACAAGAUUAAGAAACUGCAGAGGUUUGUACAGGUGUUAGAGGUAUACAAGAUAAUUUUGGCGUAAUUAGAGGAAUUGAGAUUGCUCUAUACGUAAAAUUCUGGCGAGUUUGAUCCUUCUCACUUUUUGAACUGCUUACAAGGUAAAAUAGCUGGUAAUAAUCUCAGUGCAAGUUGCAAGACUGAAAAUCCAGGUGAUUCAACCUAUUAACAUCUUAUACUAAUAAAUUUCGCCGAUUCAAAACAUUCCCUCCAAAGCUACAAAAAUGCCCUUAGGACCUUUUGUAGCUUCUUUUCAAAAUUCUAAAUAUGAACACACUAGCAUAGGACAAUGUAUUUCUACCUACUUCAACUCUGGCACGUUAACCUCGAGUGUAACCUUGGGUAAUUAAUCAAGAUAAUGAUAAAAGUCUCUACGAAUUUGACGUGAUAUGACUGGUGUCAUUAGGACAGGUUGGCAUGUAGAUUAAUACGUAUAUAGACAGUAAACGAUACGGGAUUUAAAAACAUAAUUAUCAGUGAUAUCUACGCCUUCGUCCCAAUAGCGUCCCAAGAUCAAACAUGCACAUUUUUGUUAAUCACUGUCAGAAUUUCGAAAAGUCUGUUUUUCAGUCUUCUGUUCUAGGACAAAAUGAGCUAAUUUCAGGAACAAGUAGGGCUACUGCUCUAUUGUAUUUCGCUAAUGAAUGCCUGCAAGAUCCUAUUCACAAACAUUCCAAUCGAACGGUCCUUACCUUUCUUUGAAACGAUGCCUAAUUGCACAGAGAAUACAAACUGGAACAAUGGAAAAUGUGAUUCCUCAACUGGCUAUGGGAAUAUACAGUAGGCCCACGCACUUGGAACUACUUGCACAUGAUUUAGCCCUUUCAAGCAUAGCUCACGACUGUUGCCCAUAACAUCUGCUUGCAGGAGAGCUCUCAGGCAACGUCUGUACAAAAGCUAGAAGUACACACCUGUAUAUAUAAGCUGAUGUAAAUGUUGCACAACGCUCGUUGGCCACUGAUCUUUAGCAAAACAUACAUAUAAAAUUCGCAAACGCUUCUUUCGUUCAAGAGCUUAAUAUAUCUCUGUAAAACUUAAUCUUUCCUCAACUUUGCUCAUCACGUGUUCGCGAAGUGCCUGCACGCAUUAGUUAUUACAGGCACCAUUAACUUAUUAAGGUCGUCCCCUGCAGUAUGCGGUGUAAUUUCUUCGACGUGAGCGGGAAAGCAGGUGAGCAUAUUGGUACGAACAAAAUAAAACACUCCAUCUCACUUGAGUAUCGAAUGUAAACAGGGCAUUGUGAAGGAGGCACUUCAAAUACAAGGGUCCAAUUCGUCAGGUGUACAUAGCUUAACAUGAGGCUAUAACAAAACUAUCGAAAGUAAAAUCAACAUUUAAGCAAAAGUCUACACAAUACGGCUAUGCUUGCUUCAUUGCUGAUUUUGAAACGCGUAUAAUUAUGUAACAUUAUUGUCAUAAUUAUUUAAAAGGCUGAAUAAUUAAGCCACAUGGAAAGCUCAAAAUAUUACUUAGCUAUUUGACACUAGAACUGGUGCCAACCUAGAUGCAACUGUCUACAAAGUGUAGCUGUCUAACCAAAAUGAUAAUGACUGUUUGUAAACAAAGAAAAGCCAAACGGCUGUGACUUAUGUCCAUUAACUCCAUGAUUGAACUUUCAGCAUUUUUCUUCUCUUAGUGCGCUAUGUAUGUUCACAUCUCUCGUUGGUCACGUCAACUAGAUGAACGUCUUGCCAGGCACGUAGGUGUUCAAUGCAAAAUACUGCAGGGCUGGAUACAAAACAAAGCCUUUAUACAUACACUGAAAUAACUUAUGCAAUAACGGUUGGAAUUUGAUGCAGGAAAGACUUGCCCCAGCAUGGUUGCCGUCGUUAAACAGUCGUUGUUGCGGAAGGACUACCUAAUCUUUCUAUGCCGUACCCAUCAAAGGUUUCUAUAACCAAUAUGACUUUUGCGGCCACAAAAUUAAAAGUAUUUUUUCAUUGUGCUUGGUGACAGCAAACUACGCAGAAUCAUGCAGGGAAUCACGGGACCCUCAACCAAUCAGAAUUUGUUUAUUUCCGAAUGGUCAACGUUAGCAAAAUACCUGCAUUUGGUUGGAACAUCCGUUUUAAGUAAAUUUGAUUGGCCAAUGAGCUGAGCUGAUGGGACGAGUAGUUCAACCCGUAUGCAUGUAUAAGACAACAUUUUCGGAGAUGGUGGUAAAGUAAGAAGCUUGGCUCGUAAAUGCAAUUGCACUCAUAAGCUCCAGCAAUGGCAAGCACUGAAGCUUCAUCUGACUCUGAUCUGCCUCCUUUGCCUGAUAUUAACAAUAUCAGUAAAGAAUUGGCCAUCUGUAGAGUGUUUCUCAAUACUUUCAUCCUUAUAUCUGGUUUUUUGGGUAAUUCCUUAAUCCUUCUGGUUUACAAAAGCAAAAUGCGUAAGAACAGUACCCAAAUUCUCAUUAUGGGUCUUGCUGGUGUCGACUUGACGGUUUGCUUAUGUCGGAUCCGGAAUAUCUUCAAGUUCUCAUACAUGGCUCUUGAUAGAGAAUCUCCACUUAUCACGGAGGUUUUUGCAGUGCCUGGGAGAUUCGCUUUGGGGAUGUCCGGCGUUUUAACUGGAAUCAUUGCGUUUGACCGCUACGACAGCGUGUGUAGGCCACACCGGAGGCUCUUCAACAGACGACGGGCCAAAAUUGCUUUGUUGGGAUCCUUUGCUACUUCUGUUUUUCUGGAGAUGCCCAACUUCAUCGGCACGAUCCUUCAAUCUCCGAACUGGAGGAAAACCUCCCACAGUAUUCAUAUAACUGAGUAUUUGAUUGUUCUGUUCUUGACGAUCGUUUGCUAUGGAAAUGUGUAUGCGACCACUCGAAGGCGAGCUAAAAUUCGUGCUGAAUUUCUGCCCCCCAAAAAUCCAGUCAUACCCACUAUUAGCUACAAACUCAACAUGCAACCAGAUAAGACUGACGCUUCUGCGAUAAAAACUGAAUUUGCGUCAACUUACAAGGAAUCAUCAACACCAACACCGCAUGCAUCAAAACCAUCAACCAUGUUUACUACGCUCAAAUCGUCAUCCUCAAAGUCCCAUCAGACAUUCAAUGCGCACAAAUCAGCAGUUGAAAAAUCAACUCCAAAGGAAUUGCCUUUACAAAAUCCCCCGUCCGCCGGCGUCGAUACCCAAGAGCAAAGAUGGGCCUACAGGAGAGAAGUACAAAUGCACAUUCGGCUAGGGAAGCCUCACCAAACUAACCCGCCCUUAAUGAGGGAUUUCAUGCAGAGAAGGGUAACCCGAAUGCUGUUCAUAACUGGCGUGGUGUUCUUGUUAGCCUGGCUACCCUACUGGAUCUUCAUCGCUGCGGAUUUGUUUGCGCUUAACGGAGGGACACUUGGAGAGGGUGUACUCGCUAAGCUGUUCAGUGUGGCCAUAUCAGUCCCCUUCAACAGCAUCGUUAACCCGCUUAUCUAUGGUGUAGCCAAUCGCCAUUUUCGUAAGGAAUGCGCGGUCUUUUUCAGAAGAGUUUGUUGAGAGACAAGCCAUGACUUAAUGACUUUUGGUGGGGUGAAUAUUAUUAUGAACGUCCCAUCCCACUGGUGUUUACUCCGUUCUCACUAUACCCUCACUUUUUGUUGACAAUAGAGCCUGAAAGUAAAAGGUCACGCAGCGAGCUUC